AUGAGGAUCAUCUCAUAUUGGGUCUUCCCGAUUGUAUCGGGCCUCAUGUGGCUGGGCAUGCUACUUGGCAUGCUCCUCUACUGGAUCAUCGACACGGACAAGGAAAUUUACCCGUCUAUGUCCUCGCCGCAGAGUAUUGCCUAUAUUAGCGACGUCGGUGCCUAUCGUCUCAAGCCGCUCUUCAUCACGGGCUGCGUGAUCACCACCGUCUUCCUCGACCUCUCUUUCUUUUCUGAUCGGUGGCUUCGCCACAAGGGCCGCCUCGCACCCAACACCUCUGUGGGUGAAAAGGUCCUGUUCGGCUUGUCUAUCGUCUUUGCCAUUGUCGGUACUGUUGGUUUAAUCUGCCUCAGCAUCUUCGACACAUACAGACACAAGAAUCUGCAUCUCUUGUUCCUGUUAUUUUUCAUGGGCGGCUACUUGUUGUCCGCCAUUUUCAUAUGCUGGGAGUACCAGCGCCUCGGGAAGAAAUACCCUGAGCACCGCAGUCUCGCAGCAUCCUUCUGGAUCAAGCUAGUCUUCAUCCUAGUCGAGCUCUUCCUCGCCAUCGCUUUCAUCGUCUGCAAUUUCAGGAAGGUAUACAAUGCUGCCGCUAUUCUUGAGUGGAUCGUUGCAUUUGUCUUCUCCUUUUACAUUGCAUCCUUCAUGGUCGACCUCUGGCCUGCUGUUCGUACCCGCGACAAGACAGCCCGGUUCUCGAAGCCAAGUAUGAGAGAAGAGUGGUCGAGCAGCCCGAAUGCUCAUUUUUAA